AUGGGAGGCAGCCUCCUGGGCACUUUUUACCCACCAAAACCUGCAUCUCAAACACACUCACCCUCCAAGACAGGACACCCCCAUCCUUCUCCCCAACACCUCACUCACCCUUGCACACCCAGAUCCCCCACCUCUGACCCCACCCUUGCUCCUCCCCCUACAUCCACCCAGAAUUCCAUACCAGCUCCCAUCCUUGAUCCUACUCCUGCUCCCACCAAACCCCUGAGCCCCAUUAUUAUUGUGGUACCACUAACUGCCCAGCCACCCUUACCCAAGGCCCAAUGGACCCGCCACCACCACAAACCACACCACAGUCACACCACAAUGCACCACCAGACCCCCCAUCCCAGAGGGCCCCUACUGGGCAGACUUGACAGAUGCUGA